CCUGCAGAGGAUCCUGAGACAACGAAGGCAUCUCCCACAGCCUCUGCCCUGGGUACCAUGAAGAUCUCCGCAGUUGCCCUCGCCAUCAUCCUCACUGCUGCCACCCUCUGUGCUCCUGCAUCCGCCUCUCCGUAUGGCGCGGACACCACUCCCUGCUGCUUCUCCUACCUCUCCCUCACGCUGCCUCGUGCCCAUGUCAGAGAGUAUUUCUACACCAGCAGCAAGUGCUCCAACUCCGCAGUCGUCUUUGUCACCCGUAAGAACCGUCAAGUGUGUGCCAAUCCAAAGAAGAAGUGGGUUCAAGAAUACAUCAACUAUUUGGAGAUGAAGUAGAAUAGAGGGUUUCUAGAGCCUGAUCCUGUACCCCUUACCUGUCCUUGCUUGCUGUAGUCCUGACCAGCUUGGGGGUGGCACUCAUCAGCCCCCUACUCCCACUCAUUCUAGGGAUGCCAUAGAUGCUAUCAUAUCUAAAGAUUAUAGCAGUAUCCUCCCCUAGAGCCUGGGAGGUCUACUGAGGCCCUGCCCAUGACAACAGGAAGUCUCCAGACUCUGAGCUUCAGGCUUCUCAGCUUGGUUUGGGGACCAGGAAAGAAGCCUGUGGAUCUCUCAAGCAAAGAAGGAAAAUGGAGACCCCAUACACAAAUGUUCAUGUCUCAGGCCCUCACAGGCUCUGUGCAGCAAACCCAAGAAAUCAGCAUUUCAUUAAAAUUUCUGAU